AUAUAUAAAAUGUUUUGUUAAUCGCUUAGUAGCUUUCCGAACGCAGUAAGCUCAAGUCUUAACGAGCUAAUUAAGGUGUUGUGUAUACGGGAAUCCUUUUCAAGAGAAUAAUUACGCGAUGGAAAUCGAAGAACAACCACUUAAAGAGAAUGACAUAAGUAAAAAUGAAAUGCCUCUUGAUACCAAGCCAACGUCAGAGGGUGAUAAGAAACGUGAGACUAGUUGGCCAUCCGUUUUAUUUUACAUACAUUUGCAUACUCUUGGGUUUUACGGUUUAUUUGCGGUGCUAACUAGCGCGUCUUGGUUAACGAUUAUAUUUACAUUCAUUUUGACUGCGUUGGGUAUACUGGGAGCUACAGCGGGUGCGCACAGAUUAUGGGCACAUGGCGCUUACAAUGCUACAACCUCCUUAAAAGUAUUUCUUAUGCUUUGCCAAACGCUGGUGGGUCAGGGUUCGAUUUAUAACUGGGUACGUUUGCAUCGCUUGCAUCACGAGAAAUUCGGACAACCCGAAGAUCCGUAUUACAGUAAUCGUGAUUUUUUGAGAGCGCACGUUUAUGCUCAAGUGCUUAGUCGAACUGCUGACCAAGAAGCACUUCUCGCUAAGAUUGACAUGUCCGACUUGGAAGAGGAUAAGGUAGUAAUGUUUCAGAAAAGAUUCUAUUGGAUUUUAUUUGUUGUUUUACACGUUUUAUUACCGAUUAAUACCCCGCUCGCCGACUUUGGUGAAACAUUGGGAAAUUCAAUUUUUGUAUCUUUCUCUUUGCGUUACAUGAUUGUUUCGAAUAUCUGUUGGCUUAUAAACUCGUGUCACUUCAUAUGGGGUUUGGAUAAGAAUUUCCGUCCUGCAGAUUCGAAUAGUGUCUUCUUCAUCACGAAAACGUAUUGGCCACAGUAUCAUUAUAUGCUAUCGAAUGAUUAUCAAUGCGGUGAAUUUGGGAAUUAUGGAAUCGGUUUUACGACAUCCAUGAUUCGCGUUUUUGCAGCUUUAGAUUUAGCGACAGACCUGAAAACAAUCACAUGUGCUGCGGUACGUAAUGGUUUAACAGAAGCUGUCGAAACUGGCAACCCUGUGGUGGAUUGUAUUCAGAAGCAUGCUAAAAAGGAAAUGGAAGCCGCGCCAAACAAUCAUUAUCUAAACCGUGAAAAGUUUAUGUAAAAUCUCUUAUGUAACUUUUGCAUUUAAUUAUAAAAAUUGUUGUGUCUUUCAUAUCCAAAUUGAGAU